AUGACCAUCCAAUCUAGUUCAUAUUUUUUCCACCAUAGUAAAUCAUUAUUGUGGAAGAAACUAAGGGUGUUCCUCAGCGGCGCCGGCUCCGACAAGAGCAUCGGCGGCGCCUCCAACAACAACAGCAGCAGGACGAGACGCGGGUUCUUAGGACGAGUCAAACGACGACGCACCAGGUCGACCAAGGGAGGUGGAGAGGAGGCGGCCCUCACUCACCCUCAUACAAACGCCCACGCCCGCGUCGUCACCACUGCUCUCUACGGGGACUACUCCAACAGUAUCGCUAAGGACCAUCUCGCUAAGAACGACACGAUUCGGCUGACAGUGGACGGAGUCGGGGAGGAGAUAAAGGAGGCUGGGCCAGGGGACUUCUCUAGCGCCGAGGAUCUCCACAACCUGAACAUUGGCUGGCGAGACUUUAACAACGACAACAACACCUACAGGAGGAACACUAAUGCUAAUACUAACAGCGCCUACAGCCCCAACCUCGCGGGCGUGGGUACAAACAGAGCUCAGGAGGAGAUCAUCAGAGCCCUGAAGAUCCUGCUCAGCCGCCAGGAGCGUGAAGACGCCGAGAAGAAGCGCCUCAAUGAAUGGCGAGUCAUUGCCAUCGCCGUCGACCGCAUCCUGUUCUGGAUCUUCUUCAUCGUCACCACCGUCAGCUCGGUGGUGUUCCUCGUCAUCCUGCCGCUAGUGAAGCGGUCAGAAUAUGUCCGUAACACCUGAGGUCCCCCACACGCGACCCGCGGUGCACCUUUGUAGUGUUGCUGUGCCAUCACCCUACUCCCAACCGCGGUUGUAGCAGACCGCGAGUUACUACCUUCCCUCCAGGUGGACCCUGAGCUGUCUUUGUCUUGGUCUGGGCCGCGCCCCGCCACGCUCGUCCUAUUCAACACUGGUAGAAUGUUCACACUCUUCACCUUAGACUUAGUUUCUAGUGAAUCCUCUUGCCGUCAGGUACGAGACCUCUUCCAUCUGACUCUUUCUUAGACGUUAACAUGGAGAGCGGACGGAACAACAAGAGGAAACACGAAGGUCCCAUUGAAGAGUUUGAUGGUGCAAGUUGAGUAGAUAAGAGUUUAACCGUUCUACCAUGCAUGAAAGCACAUUUUUGGUCGGGGGCGGCAUUGCAGGCCGUGGUUGUUGGUGUGUCCACUCUGUGAUAAUGGCUUCCAAGUCCCCCACGACUGUCGUCAUGUUGCGGUAACAGGUAGAACAAGAUCGGUGCUUUCUUUGCCUUUCCACGGGCCAUACCUAGCGUAGUAUUGUGGGCACUCGACAUGAGAACUCUCCCGUUUACGUAUCUAAGUCUCAUUUGUUGUUGAAUGCCGAGAAAAACUAUUUAAUUGUAUAAAGAGAUGAACCUUAUUAUAAGUUACUAUUAUUGUUGUUUGACAUCUCCAGUGAUGAUCUUGAGAAGCAGAAAGGACUGCUGGGAUUUGUCCAGGACGUCCAAGGACGGACAGGCUCGAUAAUUCGUGGAUCAGAGGCCACCUUGGCCCAGGACAUGACGUCAGCUAAGCCUUACACUUUGAUAUGUACGUCGAGGAAGUCUCAAGUCUCUUGUCCCCACUGUUGAUCAAGGGCCGUGGGUGGUCCGUUUACAUGUUUAUAAGCCUUAAAAUAUGUUGUAUAUGGAAUUAUCUAUUAUAGUUUAGAUAGAUCUCAAAACAUAUAUAUAAAAUAUAUAAAUAUAUAUAUAUAUAUAUACAUAUAUAUAUUACCCUCCCUUAGAACCUUCAACUGGAUUAGUAGGAAAAAACAUUGUUGUCAUUUGCACAAAUUUCCUGGAGCCGUUAGGUUAGGAGUCGUCCAAACUAUAGUUAAGUGAAGCUUCAUCCGGCUUGUUUGAUCGUCUCUCUCUCUUUCUCUCUCUCUCUCAAAACACGAGUAAGUCCAUUAUAUAAUUGGUAUCCUCUCUAUCAAUAUGUUGACUACGUAAAAACUAAUGAUAUAUAUGUAUAUAUUCCAGAAACUUCUGGAACAGACAUUCGAGUCUUUAAUUAACACACUGAAUCAAUUUACUGAACCCUCAUUCCCCACCCCCUCCUCUUCACGUCUCCAUCCCUCCUCUUUACGUCCCCAUCCCUCCUCUUCACGUCCCCAUCCCUCCUCUUCACGUCCCCAU